GUUGUGGUGGAGCUCGCCCUCUUACGUCAACCGUACAGAAUGGUUCUCCAUAUAAAUACCUCCCCCCACCGGCAGAUUUCUCCAGUGCCGGUGAACCUCCAGAAACUGUCGAUCAUUGUAUUUGCUCACUUCAGAUACCUCAUUUCUACAAUAUGGCUCCCUCGACUCAGAAGCAGUGGACCGUCCAGAACAAGGAGGAUGGCUUCAAUGCCCUCAAGUUCGCCGAUGCGCCUGUCCCCAAGGUGGGCGAGAACGAGGUUCUCGUGAAGUUUCACGCUGCCUCGCUGAAUUACCGUGACCUGAUCAUCCCUCAGGGAACUUAUCCCUUCCCUCUCAAAUUCCCGGUGGUGCCUGGCUCCGACGGUGCCGGUGAGGUCGUUGAGAUUGGGUCCAAGGUCUCGCAGUUCAAGAAAGGAGACAAGGUCGUCACCCUCUUCAAUCAGCUGCACCAGUACGAUCCCAUCGACCCGAAAGGCACCAGCUCUGGCCUUGGUGGAGUGAUUGACGGCACUCUGCGUCAGUAUGGAGUUUUCAACGAGAACGGCCUUGUCAGAGCCCCGAGAAACCUGAACUACCUUGAAUCCAGCACUCUCUCGUGCGCAGCGCUCACCAGCUGGAACGCCCUCUAUGGCAUUAGACCUCUGGUGCCUGGACAAUUCGUGUUGGUGCAGGGAACUGGCGGCGUCAGCAUGUUCGCCUUGCAGUUCGCCAAAGCCGCUGGUGCCACGGUUAUUGCUACUACCUCAUCGGACGAGAAGGCUAAGAAGCUGAAGCAGCUGGGCGCCGAUCACGUCAUUAACUACAAGACCGAGCCCAACUGGGGUGAGGUUGCCCGUAGCCUCACUCCUGAUAACGUCGGUGUCGAUCACAUCGUCGAGGUCGGCGGUAGCGGCACCCUCGAACAGAGCUUCAAGUGCAUCAAGUACGAGGGUGUGAUCAGCAUCAUUGGAUUUGUGGGAGGUGCCGACCCCAAGUCGCAGCCUCCGGUUCUCGCGACUCUGAGCAACAUCUGCACGGUGCGGGGUAUCUAUGUUGGCAGCAAGGCCAUGAUGAACGAUAUGGUCAAGGCAAUUGAGGCCAAUGACAUUCACCCGGUUGUGGACGAGCAAGUCUUCACUCUGGAGAAGACGAAGGAGGCCUAUGAGUACAUGUGGGCCCAGAAGCACUUCGGAAAGUUGACCAUCAAGAUCGAGUGAAUCACGUCCACGGCUACAAAAUCUAAAACGAGUGUAUGAGUAACUAAACGUAUAAUUCAUUAGUUAAAGAAUGAGAAUUAUUGUGUAAUCCAAG